AACGUUUUCCCUGCGCCACCUUCACAAUCGGUUUCAUCUUUCCCACUUGGAAAGUUACUUCAUUUCGCUUGGGAACUUAAUUAGCUUAUUUAUUCUCUCUUAAUAUACUGCAAUGCCUAGGAUGAAGAGUAAAAAUGCACUCAAUCAAAAGAAACCUGUAAAACUAAGUCUGGCCGAGUUUCACAAUCAACUGGAUAAAAUGCAAACUGCAAAGACUUGUGAAAAGACGAGCGCGGAGAACUGUAAACCUUUUUUCUGGAAUGGCAGUGGAAUAUCCAAUGGAACUCGUGGCCGUGGAGUUUGUUGUGAAAAGCUUUCAAUAGUUGCCCAAAAGGAGGAAUGUGCUAUAGUUCAGAAUGGAGCAACUACCAAAGCGAGAGGGUUAUUUCAAAGUACCGUGAAAAGUGUGGCACAGCUAAAGAAUCAUUCUGAAAAAUCGGAUAAUUCCAAGAGUGCAAAUCAAACCGAUGCAACCCAAGGACGGAGCAAAAAGCGAGUUCGAUCUGCUCGCCGCAUUCCCACGCCGCCAAGAAUGGUGCCCAAGGAACUGGAGGAUCUGGAUCGCAUGACUUCAGCGGAUUUUCGGCACGACACCGCCGCUCGUCUGGAUGUAAUGCGAAACCGGCAGAAGGAUCAGGAACACAUGUACUUCUUUCAAAACGUCAUUCAUCACCAACGGCAUCUCAUCAAGGAUCGCACAAUCCUGGUACUCUGCUGUGGCACUGGAACACUGGCCCUUAUGGCAGCCCGAAUGGGAGCAAAACGGGUGUACGCCGUGGACUACUCGAAGGUGACUGGAUAUGCAACCUUGGUGGUGCGCCAAAAUGGCUAUGAAGGUGUGAUCACGGUCAUGAACGGUCGCAUGAAGGAUCUUAAACUCCCGACGAAAGUGGAUGGCAUCAUAUGCAACUGGAUGGGUUACUGUUUGCUCUACGAAUCGGAGAUAUUGGAGGUGCUCGCGGCGCGUGAUCGCUGGCUAAAGAAAGGCGGCUUUAUUCUACCCGAUCUCGGAGCUCUCUAUCUGGUUGCAUCCGAGGAACACAAACUGAAGAGCGACAGAUGCAAUCAUUGGCGCAAUGUCUACGGAUUCAAUAUGAAUGCCAUACGUCGAUAUGCGCUGGCUGAACCUUGUGUGACCUUAACGACCGGCAAAAAACUUCUGACGAUGGCUCAUUGCGUUCUCAGGCUAGAUUUGAAAAGAGCCAGGAGAGAGGAUCUGUUUAUAGACCGAAACAUUAGACUAAGUGUCAGUAGAGAGGGAUAUCUCGAGUGCUUUCUUCUCUUUUUCGAAGUGCAGUUUAGUAGCAGCUUAAACUUUAAGCUGAGCUGUAAUCCCUGUUUAAAGUCGCCCUUCAAAUCGCUUUGGAUGCAAUCGGUCCUCUUUGUGGAGCAGCCCUUUGUAAUGCGAAAAAAACUUCACUAUACGGGUAACCUGAAGUUCAAAACACUAAAACCGAAUAACUUCAACGAAAUGGAGAUAUGUAUUGAGUUUUACGAGGGUAGCGAGUACGAUGACGAUUGGGUCAUGUGCACCCUGCGGGUGGCCAAAAGAUGGCUCAUGCUGGAGGGCUUUCAGACUUUGAGCGAUGUGGAGAGCUGUCAGGACGAGCAGGGGGAGACUGGUGGCCUGUACCUUUAG